UACCCCACUCAUAAAAACAGUGGAAACACUUCCAAAGCGGCGUGAGCAUACUGUGCGUAUAUUGCACUGACUGGCCACUCCAUUCAUUUUGCAUAUGCGAACUGGCAUGUGAAAUGACAAUCAAUUAAUGAUUCUAAAACGAACAGGCUUUUUGUGGUAUUUAGCCUUUAUGUAUCCAGCGAAGGUUCAAGAUAUCUUAGCUACAGUUGAAAACUGGCACAUGACAUGACCAUUCAAACAACGGACCGAGCGGCGCUGUGGAGUUGCCUGGGAGAUGACCAAACACCCCCCACGCGCAGUUGUAGCACAAUCCAAGCAGUCCCAACUCACCGAAAGACCGCUGAAAGCACUAUCAUGAGAGUCUGGACAGGAGGAGAAUAAAGACGAUACAACUACGCAUAUUUGAAAUAAUCGGUGCGCAACAGAACUACGAUUUCUAAACACUUACAUAUUACGCGGGAUUAUCCUACUUUUGCUGAAAGAUUUGGAAGCGGACUUGCCGAUCAGCCGGAGACAGACGAGCGGUCCCUGUCUAAUUGCUAUGGACCCUGCGGCAGCGAGGAGUCACAGCCUCAGGUCUUCGUAGUGUACACUGACCCAUCAUAUCCAACCGGCGAGGGCCGGGCCGAGGUUGAUCAACCUAGACCGGGGAUGAUCAAUUCCCACAUGAACGGAGGACCGGGAUAUGGUAAAGAGGAGCCCACGGAGCCUGGGAGCGGAGCCUCGCUGCAGCUCAGGGAGAGGGCUGUGGACUGCCCCCUGGAGGGCAAGGGGAUGGGCAAAGGGAGCAGUCUGGUGCAGGGUUCCCGCUGCAGCGCCCAGAUGGAGAGGAUUCAGCAGUACCAGGAGGAGCUGAGGAGGAAGAGGGAAGAAGAGGCCAGCAAAGGGAAGCACGAGCUCAAUGUCAACGCCUCGCUACGCCUCAAGAAGCUGGCCCAGAACCAGUCCAAGACGGGUAUCGACAACCCCAUAUUCGAAACACCCGAGGUGGGCGAGGAGGCCAAAGAUGGGUGUCCUCCGUCUGGGGGAGGCGCGGCUACGGAGCUGGACGAGCUGCUGGAGGCCUUGCGGCUGGUGCAGUGCUGCCUGGAGGAUGCCCAGUCACAGGCCGACGUGGCCCUAGUGCUCGGCCUGCUGCACCGGGAGGACUUCCAGAACGCCUUUGUGGUCCACGGCGCUGUGACCCAGCAGUUACGGACACACGACAGCCCGUCUUCGCCCGUCACCAACCAGGCAAAUGGCCUGUGCCAGGAGGUACAACGGAUCCUGAAGUCCAAUGAACAGAAGGACGCCGUCGAGCUCAGGAACCUGCUCACCACCCCCCAUCUUCAGGCUCUGAUCCAGGUCCACGACGGCGUGGCGGAGCUGGAGCUGGAGACGGACUCAGAGGAGAGGUUAUCUCAGUACAUGGGAGAGACCGUCAAACUGGUGCGGCUGGAGAAGACCGGAGACAUGCCUCUGGGCGCCACGGUUCGCAACGAGAUGGACAGCGUGGUGGUCAGCCGUGUGGUGAAGGGCGGGACAGCCGAGCGGAGCGGUCUCCUGGCCGAGGGAGAUGAGAUCCUGGAGAUCAACGGCGUGCCAGUCCGUGGGAAGAAUGUCAAUGAGGUCCACAACCUGCUGAGGGACAUGCACGGCAUUCUGACCUUCCUCCUUAUCCCCAGCUCUCAGAACAAAACCCCCUCUCACAGACAGACUGUGAUGCACGUGAGGUCCUACUUUAAUUACGACCCGUCUGAUGACCCGUACCUGCCGUGCAGGGAGCUGGGUUUGUCCUUCCAGAAGGGGGACAUCCUCCACAUCAUCAGUCAGGAUGACCCUAACUGGUGGCAGGCCUACAGGGACGGGGAUGAAGACAACCAGCCCUUGGCAGGGCUAGUACCAGGGAAAAGCUUCCAGCAGCAGAGGAUAGCUUUGAAGAAAACCAUUAUAGACAGUAAUCCUGACGGACCAGGGAAGCUUUGGUGUGCAAAGAAAAACAAGAAGCAGAGGAAGAAAACCAUGUACAACCCCCACAAGAAUGUUGACAAUUUUGCCGAUGACAUCGUGACCUAUGAGGAGAUGGCUCUCUACCAUCAGCCCGCCCAUCGCAAGCGGCCUAUCGCCCUGAUUGGUCCACCCAACAGCGGGCAGGAAGAGCUGCGCCAGAGGCUGUUGUCCAGCGAACCGGACAGGUUUGCCCGCGCGGUGCCCCACACAACUAGAAGCCCGCGGAUUCAUGAGAAGAACGGUAGGGAGUACCACUUUGUGAGCCUGCAGACAUUUGAAACGGACGUGGCCUCGGGGAAGUUCCUCGAGUCUGGGGAGUACCAGAAGAACCUGUACGGUACCACCAGUGACUCUGUCCGACAGGUCAUCAAUGCUGGCCUGAUCUGUCUGCUGUGUCUGCACACUAAGUCCCUGAGGGUGCUGCGGUCGUCCAACCUGAAGCCCUAUGUGAUUUUCAUCGCUCCUCCUUCUCUGGAGCGAUUGCGCACCCUGCUGGCCAAGAAUGGAAAAAACCCAAAGUUAGAGGAGCUGAAGGAGGUGAUCGAAAAGGCCAGGGAGAUGGAGCAGGCCUACGGCCACCUGUUCGACGCAGCCAUCGUCAACAGCGAGCCAGAUGCAGCCUUCCACGAGUUGCUGCGGCUCAUUGACAAGCUGGACACAGAGCCUCAAUGGGUGCCCUCCUCCUGGCUGUGCUAGGGGUCGGAGGUCAGGUGUGAGGGUUCAUCUUAUAGGUUGACUCCGAGGAGACUCAGGAAGAGGGGUGUGGCCUGGGUCAUGUUCGUCAGGCACCACAUGCAUGACAAAAAUUGAAACAGGAAGGGACUACCUGGACUUGUUCAAAUAAGGACCUCUGUUCUCAUUUUCCUAAUGAACCUCCCCCAUAACACAGCUUUGGCGGAAUGACCCUUAAAGGAAGGAUGGACAAUGAGCCAUCAUUAAACCAUCGCAGAGCCUCACUGACAAUAAAAAAGAAGGCUCAUGCCUUCUCUGCCAGAAAUGGUACUUUAAACUGAAAAAGCCUUCUUAUGGAAGGUCGACUUGACAUUGUUUGCUGGGAUGGACACUUUCUUGUAUAAGAUGUUUGGUCUGUUUGUUUUUGUGAAAUGUUCUUUGGGGGUUUUGUUAGCACCAUUCCAGGUCCCUGUAGCGUAUGCAAAGCCAUUUAUCUAAAACUGUAGAAAACAAAAAUCUUAUUUCAUUCUACUUUAAAUAGUUAUUUAUUAUAUUGUAAAUAUGUAUUUUUAGAAGAGAAGGUAAACAAGUAUGAUUUACCAAUACCUCAGACUCCAAUGUAAUGUAUGAUAAAUGUGAGUGUGCAUUGGGUAUACAAUGCACUGGAACUGUGUCUAAAUUGAGAAAAUAUUGCUGAUUUGGAACUACAAUAUAUAACUGACUUCUAAAAUGAAAACCUGAAGAGAAAGCUGUUGUAUUAUAUCGUAAAAUGGGAAGGUGCUUAUCAAUGGUAGAAUUGUGUUAAGUUGCUGUACUUGCACCUCUCAAAUCAAGAAUCAAUGUUCUCUAUUAAAGAUGACCUCAGUAUUUUUUCAUGUAUGUAGUUGUUUGCCCACAGACACGAACAGUAUAACAAUCUAGAGGUUAGCAUAAUUUCAUCAGGCAAACUUUGUUCUUUGGGAAUUUGAAGAAACCAUCAAUUCAGAAGAAGCAGUCUUCAAUAAAAAUGAACAUUGGUGAUAAA